AUGAAAUAUCUCAGAAAAUUGGCUGAACUUUCAGCUUUGGAAGCGCGACGGGUGCACGGCUAUGAACCGAUCAGACUGCCGAGCAAGUUUGAUAACGUGGUAAUAGCCAUGUCGUCAGGUGUAGACUCUUCAGUGGCCGCUGCAUUGUUCGCCGACUUCCCACGGGCGCAAGGCAUAUACAUGCAAAAUUGGUCAGACCCUGGUGGGUCUGAAAAAACUGGGCGCGAGCCAUGUCACGAACGGGACUGGAAAGAUGUUCAGCGUGUUGGGAGUCAUCUCGGAAUACCUGUAGAGCGGGUCAACUUCGAGCAAGACUAUUGGCAUGAUGUAUUUGAGCCCAUGCUUCAGGCUUACCAAGCGGGCAUAACGCCAAAUCCAGACGUAGGUUGUAAUAGGUUCAUCAAAUUUGGCAGACUGCGAUCACAUUUAGAUUCAAGCCUGGGCCGAGGCAAUUACUGGCUGAUUACUGGUCACUAUGCGCGAGUGGGUCAUUCACUAGCAACUGAUGAACACCACUUGCUACGUGCAUACUAUAAGAAUAAAGACCAGAGCUAUUAUUUGUCGCAGAUCCCACAAGCAGCGCUCCAGAGUCUAUGCUUCCCGAUGGGUGUACUUUCCAAGCCAGAAGUACGAGAAUUUGCGAACGAAAUGCAGCUCCCGACGGCACGCAAGCCAGACUCCCAAGGCAUCUGUUUCGUUGCCAAUUCACAGCAUAGCAAAUUUAGAAGCUUUUUACAACAGUAUCUACCCACCGAACCAGGCAAUAUCAUUACCUGGGAUACUGAUACAGCUUCCAAAACUGUCUGGGGUCGUCACACGGGACUUUGGAAUUACACUAUCGGACAAAGAAUUGGCUUAGCGAUGCCCCAGGGCGAUCCACGUUUCUCUGGAUCGUGGUUUGUUGCCGAAAAACUGGUUGAUUCCAAUGAGAUCGUGAUCUGCCGUGGAAGGGAUAACCCGAUUUUAUUUCGGGACUUUUUGGAGAUAGAUGGUUUCAAACCCAUCGGGUCAGGUGGGAUAAUUAGUGCCACUUUACAGGAAGCUGUUGCGCGGAACGAAGUUUACAUUCAAUACAGAUCACUCCAAGAUCCGGUGUUGGUCUCAAAGGUUUUUGCUGGACUUCACAGCGAGAAAAUCUCCAUGCGUCUAGCGCAUGCUCAAAGAGCGAUGGCUCCCGGUCAAUACUGUACUAUCUAUCAUAAGGACCGGAUCCUAGGGAGUGGAAUAAUCAGGGAAGCUACAAGUUACCUCCUGGGGGGAACCAAUCUAACUAAUACCCCAAAAUGA